AUGCCCUCUCGUCAACGUCACCCCACAGAGGGUCGUCAGGCCAGCCAGCCAGUUAAUGUUUCAGCCACGGUUCUGGAGCAGCCCCCGAGGGUCAUGAGAAAGCUGCUUCACUGGGACGAUCUGCCCCAUUGGCAGCAGGACAACCAACACAUUCAUACCGGAUAUCGGCCAGCCUCGUUCUCUUUCCUGGCCUCUCUGCAGUCGCUGACCUAUCUUCACAAUGAGACUGUCAACAUCUACACGCAUCUUUUACCCUCUCUACUGGCUGUCCCGGCGGCUCUCGGGCUGUAUCACGUUUUAGCUUCCCGGUACGAAACAGCAACCCAUGCGGAUAUAAUGGCCUUCAGUUGCUUUUUUGCUGGAGCAUCCUUUUGUCUGGGGAUGUCUGCAACAUACCAUACCAUCUCGAAUCACUCCCCAGUUAUUUCACGCGUGGGAAAUUCCCUUGACUAUGUCGGUAUUGUAGGCCUGAUUGUGGGUAGUUUCGUUCCUAGUGUGUACUAUGGUUUCUACUGUGCACCGGAUUUGCAACGGCGGUAUUGGACGAUGAUCUGCACCAUUGGCCUUGGCUGUGCCUUUGUCUCGAUUCUCCCUUGGUUCCGUACCCCACGCUGGCGACCCUUUCGAGCGGCCAUGUUUGUCGGUAUGGGCCUAUCAGCGUUGUGUCCCGUGAUCCAUGGGUUACAACUGUACGGCCUGGGACAGAUGAUACGCCAGAUUGGACUCGGAUGGCUUGUCCUCCAGGGCUUCCUGUAUAUCCUGGGGGCUGGUAUCUAUGCGGCUCGCGUGCCGGAACGUCUGCGGCCAGGAAAUUUUGAUCUUUGGGGCAGUUCACAUCAAAUCUUUCAUGUGCUGGUGACACAGUGGAAUUGCCGAGAGCUGUCCACUGAGCUCUGCGGCGUGAUUCGCCUGAAGACCCCUGACAACACGGGUGGCGUGUGA